UUCAUCUCAUAUUAUUCAAGAUCCAUGUAGCUGAAUUAAAAGUUAAAACGACCAAGUUUUAGGCCUAUCUACUCUGUAGACGAGUCUUUGAAGGAGAACGAGCAGCCAGUCAACAAUCUCCUCUAGAUGGUCCUACCAAAAAUCGAAAUGAAUAACUGGCCACAGGAGCACCUACCAUUCAACGUACUAUCUAUACACAAUAGCAAGUUGUAGCAAACCAGUCUGCAUCUCCCAUCUCCCGCUUGCAACAACCAACCCUCUCUCCUACGAUACGAAUGGAGGUCUCAUGGGAACAAAGUGUGACAGACUCUAUCAAUACCAUUUACUUGCUCUUCUCAGCUUACUUGGUCUUUGUGAUGCAACUUGGCUUUGCCAUGCUAUGUGCUGGCUCAGUCAGGGCCAAGAAUGCCAUGAACAUUAUGCUUACAAAUGUUGUUGAUGCUGUUGUUGGGAGCAUCUCUUAUUACCUCUUCGGCUUUGCUUUUGCUUUUGGUGAUGGCACCAAUUCUAACCCUUUCAUAGGUACAACCUUCUUUGCUCUCAAAGAUAUUCCCAGCACCUCUUACGACUACAGUUACUUUCUUUACCAAUGGGCUUUUGCUAUAGCAGUUGCUGGAAUCACCAGUGGCUCAAUAGCCGAAAGAACCCAAUUCAGUGCUUAUCUUGUUUUCUCAUUUUUCCUUUCUGGAUUUGUGUACCCAAUUGUGGUUCACUGGGUUUGGUCAUCAAAUGGUUGGCUGUCUCCUAGUUCAGACAUGUUGUUCGGCUCUGGUGCUAUUGACUUUGCUGGCAGUGGCGUGGUUCAUUUGGUGGGAGGGAUUGCUGGACUUUGGGGGUCUUUCAUACAAGGUCCUCGAGUGGGCAGGUUUGAUGCAUUUGGCAAGCCCGUGCCUAUGCGUGGGCACAAUGCAACUCUUGUGGUGCUUGGGACAUUCUUGUUGUGGUUUGGCUGGUUUGGGUUCAAUCCUGGUUCAUUCGGUAAGAUUCUUGUCGCCUACCCCAAUACAACCGAUCAAGGGAACUGGACCGGUAUUGGCCGGACUGCAGUAACAACUACAUUGGCUGGUUCGACUGCCGGACUCACAACCCUAUUUGGCCGGCGAUUACUAGUAGGCCAUUGGGAUGCAUUAGAUGCUUGCAAUGGAUUGCUUGGUGGUUUUGUGGCCAUUACUUCAGGAUGUUCUGUUGUGGAGCCAUGGGCCGCCAUUGUAUGUGGGUUUUGUGCAGCUUGGGUCUUGAUUGGGCUAAACGUCUUGACUCUAAGGCUGCAAUUUGAUGACCCAUUAGAGGCAACUCAGCUGCAUGGUGGGUGUGGUGCUUGGGGUUUGAUAUUCACUGGAUUAUUUGCCAAAAAGGAAUUUGUGAUCCAAGUUUAUAAUUCAGGUGAGGCGGGAGUGGUGAGACCCUAUGGCCUUUUGUUGGGCGGUGGAUGGGGUCUGAUCGGAUGCCAAGUGGUUGAGUUGUUGGCAAUAGUAGUCUGGGUUAGCAUAACAAUGGGACCGGUUUUCUUUGCACUUGAUAAGCUUAAGAUGUUGAGAAUAUCAAUUGAUGAAGAAGUAGCAGGCCUUGAUAUCUCUAGCCAUGGAGGCUAUGCCUAUACUACGCAUCCUGAAGAGAACCAUCCUCGCUUCUACGCAGAUUAUAUGCCUAUCCAAGGUCGAAAUCAUUCAUGAUUCAACAGCAUUUCUCCACUGUAUCAUUGGCGCUUUGGUUUGUUUUUUUUUCCUUUUUCUUUCUGGUGAAUUCAAGCAUUUCUGCUCGUUGAUUCCUUUCCCAUUAAUUUGUUGUUCCUUCUUUAAGAAAGAGAACCUGCAUGUUCUUUCUGCUGUAAAUAGAUAGCUCUGCCGAAACUUUCCCAAA